AUGAGGCCUUCGCUGGCUCUGGUGUCGCUGUUCUUCCUGGGUGUCCAGGCCCAGCACGGGGCCGAGUGGACCUACUCAGAGGGGGUGCUGGAUGAGGCUCACUGGCCAGAGGAGUACCCGGACUGCGGGGGGCAGCAGCAGUCACCCAUCGACCUGCAGCGGAGGAAGGUUCGCUUCAACCCUGACCUGCAGCCCCUGGAGCUGAGGGGCUAUGGGGACAGCCACGGGAGCCCGUUCCAUAUGACCAACAAUGGCCACACAGUGCAGAUCACCCUGCCGCCUACCAUGCAGCUGACGGCCUCUGACGGCACCGUGUACAAAGCCACGCAGAUGCACUACCACUGGGGCGGCGCGUCGUCCGAGGUCAGCGGCUCUGAGCACACCAUCGACGGGAUCCGACGCGUGAUCGAGAUGCACCUGGUUCACUACAACGCCAAGUACGAGAGCUACGACAUCGCCAAAGAUGCACCCGACGGUCUGGCUGUGCUGGCGGCCUUUGUUGAGAUCGAGGAGUAUGCCGAGAACACGUACUACAGCAAGCUGCUUUCUCACCUGGCCAAGAUCAGGUAUCCAGGACAGUCCACCCAGCUGACCGACGUUGACAUUCUGGACAUGCUGCCCGGGGACACGUACCACUAUUACACCUACCAGGGCUCGCUCACCACGCCGCCGUGCACGCAGAACGUGCGCUGGUUCGUCCUGUCGGACUCGGUGAAGAUCUCCAAGGCCCAGGUCCUCAAGAUGGAGAAUUCCGUGCUGAACCAUCAGAACCAGACCCUCCACAACGGUUACCGCGAGACCCAGCCCCUUCACUCCAGAGUGGUGGAAGCCACUUCCCCUACUUCCCAAGUCCAAGAUCGCAACCAGUAUUACUUGCUCAGGAUCGACAACAAGCUUGACAACCUGCUGAGAAGUUUGGCUAAGGACAGGAUGUUGAAGAAGAAAAGAUACCAUUAGCCAGUGGGUGGGCGCCAGCUCGCCCGGCCUGGUGCCAAGGAUCCUGGAAAUCUGAACCACGCUGCUCCUACCUGUGAAACACUGGUGAUUAACACGGGGGACGCCAUCGCUCAGGGAAGGAAGGAAGACCACUAAACGGACCGGAAGAGAUGCGUCUCACCAAUGGACGGGGGGAGGGAAGCG